UUCUGUCUUCAUCAUAAGUUAAUGAAUAUUUUCAUGUGUACAUGAAUAUAUAUCAAUUGAUAGUGUGAACAGUGUUUAUAUAUACCUACUACCUAUUUUUUCUUUAAUACCAACUAUACUAGGAAUAUACAAAGGCGGAGUCAGGAUUUUUUGUGUAUCAGCCUUCCCGGAAGGGAUGGAGUUAGCAUGAUGCAAUGUUUUUGUGGAGAGACUUGUUCUCGUCAAUCCGUUUCUGAAACAUGUACAUACCUGAGAAGGCCUAGUGCAUUAGCAGAUAGACUUAAUGAAAACAUGGAAUUGCUUAAAGCUCGGGAGGAGGAUAUAAAAAGGAAGUUACAUGUGGAAAAUGUAUGGCGCGGUAUGGAGCCAAAGGCUGAGGUAAACAUGUGGCUUAUCAAUGUAAGAAAUAUUACAAGUAGUAUUGCCAGGAUGCAAGAGAAACUUACUGCAGACAAGAGGUGUUUAUACAGAUGUUUGCCAAAUUAUAUGUCUCGAGUUAAGCAGGGGAAAUGCAUCAACAAGAAAAUUAAAGAAGUCGACAGGCCCCUGGGGCAGAUCAUAUUUCCAGAGAUAUGAUGCCUCGGAGGGAAAAGAUAUUGCCAGCAUCCUCAUUAGUAGGAGAAUCUGCUCAAAGAAGUUUGGAGGCUGUAUGCGAGUAUUUGAAUGAUGAACAUUCUGGGAUAAUUGGUAUUUAUGGAAUCGGGGGUGUGGGUAAGACAUCCAUCCUCAUAGAAAUCAAUAAUCGUCUUUUGAGAUAGAGCACAAAAUUUGAUAAUGUCAUUUGGGUCACAGCAUCCAACGAUUCAACAGUGCAGAAAUUGCAGAAGGAUAUUGCUAGAGCAAUAGGUUUUGAAAUGAGAAGAGCAGCUCAAUUACUUGAAGCAUUGAUGCGAAGAAGUAGAUUUGUUUUAAUUAUAGAUGAUUUGUGGGAAACAUUUCCUUUGGAGGUUAUAGGAAUCCCAUAUCCAUAUUACGAAUGUGACUUCAAGUUGAUAAUGACUACUAGAUCCAUGAUAAUUUGUCGUGGCAUGGAAUCAGUGAGGGAAGUUGAAGUUAGUGUUCUUUCAGAGGAAGAAGCAUGGAACCUCUUUAAACAAAAGGUCGGUGAGGAGGUGCUAGCAUCUCCAACAUUACAAGCUGUUGCCAAGGAUGUGUUGAAGGAGUGUGGAGAUCUCCCACUAGCUGUUGUAACAGUUGGUCAGGCUUUAAGAAGAGAAAAUGAUCUGAGGCAAUGGAAAAAUGCAUUAAGCCAGCUGAAAAGUGCAACGGGAAGAAUAGAAGGCAUGGAGAAUCGAGUCUUUGCACGUCUGAGAUUUAGCUGUGAAAGACUGAAGGACAAUGUGACUCGUUCAUGUUUUCUUUAUUGCACAUUGUACCCAGAGGAUCAUCAUAUCGAGACCGAAGUACUGUACAUGGGAAGGAUGAUAUUAGAUGAACUGGAACAUGUGUGCCUUCUAGAGAUCAUUGGAUGUCAAGAAGGUAGUUUGAAUGAAUAUGUCAAGAUGCAUGACCUCAUUAGGGAUAUGGCGAUAGCUGUUACAAGAGAGAGUCCACUCUUUAUGAUCCGAGCAGGACAUGAGAUGCGUAUCCCACCAGUUGAGAGUGAAUGGCUCGAAGGCCUUAAAAGCAUCUCGUUAAUGAGAAAUGAUUUGAACUCUUUGAUUUUGGAACCGAGAUGUCCUCAGCUAACCACCUUGCUAUUGCAGUAUAAUUCAUUGUCCAAGGGUGUACAUCCUUCUUUCUUUAACCAUCUAAAAAGUCUCAAAGUUCUGGACUUAUCUUACACGGGCGUCUUUGGGUUGCCUGAUUCACUUUCUAAUCUCGAAAACCUUCAUGCUUUGCUUCUACGUAGUUGUUGGAACUUGUAUCACCUGCCAACAAUGGAAAGGCUGAAGGAGCUGAGGGUUUUAUAUCUCUCUGCUACACCAAUUGAGUGUGCGUCCCCGGGGAUGGAAAUGUUACUCAAUUUGAAGCAUCUGGAUCUCUCCCUCACUACAUUUCGUGAAUUUGAUAUUCAAAUUUUAGGAACAUACAGAUUUCUGGAGAUUCUCUUAACUAUUGGCCUAAGGCAACCUCUAACGCUCGGUCCAGAUUUUGUUAAGGUGUUGAAUGUUAUUGCUUGUGAUAAUCUCAUGACUCUGCUACCUCUUGAGUUAGUGCAGCAUCUCAAAACCCUCAGCUCGAGUUGGAAAACUGUUUGAUGCUAGAGGAGAUCAUAGUCACUGAAGUGGAAAAUGAAGAGAUCAUUCAAGAGAACAACGGUGAAGUGGUCCUCCCAAGUUUGCAAAAAUUAAGAUUAGUUUUUAUACCAAGACUGAGAGGCAUAUGCAGAGGUCCAAUGAUUUGUGAUUCGUUAAUGACUAUAGAAGUCGUAGAUUGUCCAGAGCUGAAAAUACUUCCCUUCUUUUUGGAAAUAAGGCACUAGCUGACUCUCUCAAACUGAUAAAAGGAAGCAGAGGAUGGUGGCAGACGUUAAAGAGGAAGCAUCCUACCGCGACAUCCCUUCUAGCUCCACUCCUCAGACCCGAAAGGGAGUAUUCUUCUGCUGCUGAUGAAUGUAGUCACAGUGGCAGCUCUUAAAGACUUUUUAAAUUGUUAACUAAUCAACAUUGAUUUGAAAUCACAACUUUGGAUUUUUCAGACCAUAUGUUUUUCUUUAACAAUAAAGAGAAUAGAUGUAGAGAGUUAAUUGAGUAGGCAAAAUAUCUGAUAAAUCGUAUUAUACACAAUGGCUAUUUUUGGCGGUAAUACCAAAAUAGGCAUAGUAAUAGAAAGAUUUAUCUCUUGUUUUGAUAACAGUUUUAUGGUCCUGACUUAUUUCCUACUGCAGUGUGAUGGUCUCGAGUUUGGGCCUUUGGCAAAAUAUGACUUUGUUUCCUUCUCAUAAUCAUGCAUUUUCUCUAUCUUUUAGUUAUAGAGCAGAACUGCCUAUAUUACUCAGAUUCUUCAAAAAUGUUGACAGGAAAUUCUCCAAAGGUAGAGAAUUUCUGGAAUCCAGCAUGGGCGCGGCAACAGUUUAGGAUAGUAUGAGCAACAUCAAGUAAUACAGCCUAUAUCGUAUUGAACUGUACUGUGUUGUUUAACAGUUCAUGAAUGAGACACAGUAGUUAUUCUUUGUGUCAUUCUCUUGUUUAACAGACUUAAACUACAGAUUCUCAUAUUGGAUCCAACUAGUUUUUCCUUUUUAUUUGGGUGGAAGUGGAGGUCGGGCUCUAUGGAACUCGAAGCUGAAGCCCUAUAGUCUAUAGUAGGUGUGACUCAUGAGUUGAAAAUCCUGCAUCCCGUUUGUCUUUGCUGUACAGUGGCUGCUUUGCGGAUAAGAACAUGAAGUAUAACCAAAUACGAGUGUUGGAUUGCGAAAAACUAUCUAGUCUGUGAAAGUAUCAGCAAAGAUUCUUGCUGGGGAGUACUAUAUGAAAUUGUCAUAUGAAAUCACUAUAUGAAACUGUCAUAUGAAAUAGCUUAUAUGGUUUAAAUUUUUUUUAGCUUACACAAAAUCAUAGUUUGUUUGUUGUAUGCACAGUUCUUACUCAUGAAUCAGUCCAAAUUAAUAGACUUUAUUUUCAUGUAUAUUUAAUCAUCAUUUCAGGAAGGAAAUCAGUAAAAAAUACCUUUUCUCCAAGUCCACACCUUCUUCGGAUGCCAGUGUCUCGAUUGAUCAGCUCCAAUUUGGUUUUAACUCCAGCGGAAUGCAAAGGUAGAGCUUCAAUCAUCGCUAUACCUAUGGCUCGAGAGACCACUUCUAGACCUUUAUCAGGUUUUGCUGGAACAUGCUCUAUCCUGCACACUGGAUGCCCUGAAAUUGAGGCAGUAUUUGCCCAGCUCCCGCGUGAUGGUGUCUCAAACCUUACUGAUCGCGGGAGCUGCAGCAUAUAGAUAAAAAAGUACUUUUUUCACUUGCAUUGUUGUACUUCAUAUUAAGUAGCAGCAACUUUUGCAGUCCUGUUUUCAAUUUCAGCUGCAACAUUUUGUUCUCUUUAUUUAUAAGCAAGCAGAUUCAUCAAGUUUAAGCCUGAACCAGUGAAAGAAUGACAAUGUUGUCUUCGACACCAAGGUGAGGAUGAGCACCAUCAUGCUACUGAUCAUGAGCAACAUAUAUAUGUAAUCGUCGUGAUCCUGAAAUAUGUUCACAAUGAUAUUGAAGUUUGCAGUACGUUCAAUGGAUUCAAGAGU